AGAUCUUCUGAAAAAGUCAUCUGUGACAGAACAUAAAAGAAUUGAAAGCAUUCAAAUUCGAUACAAAUUGCAGGAAUGGGAAGAUCGGUUUGAUUUUGUGGAACUCUUUUAAUUUGUUUGGUUGUUAUAUAGAUCAGAGAAGACAGGGAAAGCGUCAUCUUGCGGAGGGUUUAUGUGCUUGUUUAUAAAAGUGGCGAACGACGGAGAUUCCGAUGAGUUUGCCAUAUUUCAGGCGACCGGCAACCGGAGAGAAGAAUUCGGCGCCGUGGAAUCUGUUUUUACAGAAUCUUUUGAUGGAAUGAUGCAGCGGCGGCAGUUACAGACGGAAACCGAUUAUGUUUUGUCGGCGGCUGCGGCGGCGCCGCCGCAGCCGAUAUUUUCGGAAUUUGGUCAGAUGAGGGAGAUGUCGGCCAUGGUGACGGCGCUGACGCAUGUGGUGUCGGGACAGCAGAGGAGUUAUCAGACGGAAAGCGCUGCCCCCGUUAAGUCGCCGUUAGUUGGCGGCUCCGGAUUAUAUUCCGCAAAUUCACCGUCGUCGGCGUAUUCAUCGUCGAGCUCCGGUUCGUUGGCCGGACAGAAGAGGCGACGGGAACAAGAAGAGGGUGUAACUCAGUUCGCCGACCAAGCUCCCAGGGUUUAUGGAGGGUUUAGAGGCGGAGAAUCAUCAUCAUCCUCUGUUAAACUUGAAACUACGAACUUCAUAACACCACCUAUCAUGGCCGUGGCCACCUCCAGUACCGUCACAACCGCCGUAGCGGCGGCUGUACAAGAUGAAGGGAACGGAGAAAGAAGAAGAAGAUAUAGAGGGGUUAGACAGAGGCCGUGGGGGAAAUGGGCGGCGGAAAUAAGGGAUCCGCAAAAGGCGGCGAGAGUUUGGUUAGGAACAUUUGAGACGGCGGAGGCGGCCGCAAGAGCAUAUGACGAAGCAGCGCUUAGGUUCCGAGGCAACAGAGCCAAGCUAAAUUUCCCGGAAAACGUUCGAUCAUUGCCGCCGCCUCAAGCCGCCGGCACUAGGCUAGCCAUUUCGGCGAACGCCGCAUCUCAACCGUCCUUUCAAUCUCAUCUGCAGCCGAUUCAAGGUAGCCCUGCCGUCGCCGGAGACUAUCUGGCGUAUUCCCAGUUGCUUCAGAACCCCGGCGACGUUCACGGCCAGCGCCCUAAUAGUUUGUUAGAACAAAUGUUCCGCGCCUCUUCAAUGGCGGCUUUCCAUUCCCAUCCGUUCCCUUCCUCUUCUCCUUCAGGUUUCUCCACCGCCUCUUCUCCGUUUCCCCUGACCUUCUCCGGUCAGCAGUCAAGUUAUUUCCGGCCACAAUCAAGUCAAAGUCCGGCUACCGGCUCCUCUUUUCAGGCACCUUAUUGGACUAAUUCCGGCACCCAAUAUCCUCCCUCUUCUAGUUGAUGAAUUUCAGUUUUAAUAUCAAUACCAUUUUUCAUUUCCAUACAAAAUAUGUACUCCAUUCUUUUCCUUUCUUUAAUUAUUGGUUUACAAGUUCAUUUGUAGAUCUGUAGUUUCAGAAUAGAACAGACACAUCAUUGUUUGGGAUCAUGAGAAAACCAACUUAUCACUCUUAGAUAGUGUGAAUUAGAUAAACUUAAUUUAUGUGUAAUCUCUAAAUCACAUAGAAAAAACAUAAUCAUUAUUUUGUCUUUAUAACAAUGCAUGUAUCACCAUUUUAAGUUCAUCAGAUUUGUACAAAUAUAAGAGUGUGUAUGGUUGACA